AGGACUUUACCCCUGGUGUAAUACAGUCUAUGCUUUACCCUCGUGUGCUGCUGUGGCUACGGCGGUGAGAGAGCGACACGGUUACCUAAAAAGAGAUUAAAAACAUAUUUUGUCGGAGGAGUCAGCUCACCGUAUAGGUUGUCAUGGCCUCCUACACUUGCAUCAGCUGCCGCGUGGCCUUUGCUGAUGGCGAGGUUCAGCGGGCGCACUACAAAACCGACUGGCACCGCUACAACCUGAAGCGCAAGGUGGCCGACAUGCCACCUGUCACUGCUGAAAACUUCCAGGAGCGCGUCCUGGCACAGAGGGCUGCUGCAGAACAGCAUCGGAGUGAUGCAACAGUCACAGAGGGCUGCACUGUCUGCAACAAGAAGUUCUCCAGCGCCAAUGCCUACCAGAACCACCUGCAGUCCCACAAACACCAGCAGGCAGAGAAGCAGGCCCUGCUGGCUUCUCAGAGGAAAGUGGAGAAGAUGAACGAGAAGAACCUGGAAAAAGGACUUGGUGACGAGAAGGUGGAUCGCGACGCCAGGAACGAGGCCCUGCAGCAAGCCCUGAAAGAGCAGCAAAGGUUGAGCCUGACUAAGCAAGGGGAGGCUCAGACAUCACAAGGAGCGAUGAAGCAGAGGACAGAGAGGACGGACAAACCACCCCGGAUGAUGUGGCUGGAGGAGCAAGCCAAGAGGCGAGAGAGGGAAGAGGGAACCACAGCUGAGGAAGAAGAGUGGGAGGACAUGGAUGAGGAGGAUGAGGAUGAUGAUGAGAUGGAGGAGGAGGAGGAGGAUGAAGUUGAAGAGGAGACAAUGGAUCAGGAGGAAGGAGACUCAGCGGCUCAGUCUGAGCCCCACCCAGCUGCUCUGCCAGGUUCCAUCCCCGUCACCGAGUGCCUGUUCUGCUCCCAUCACUCCAGGUCACUCAUGAAGAAUGUCACCCACAUGACCAAAGUUCACAGCUUCUUCAUCCCCGAUGUGGAGUUCCUCGUCGACCUCAAGGGUCUCAUCCGUUACCUCGGAGAAAAGGUUGGUGCCGGGAACGUGUGUUUAUGGUGUAAUGAGAAGGGGCGUUCGUUUUACUCGACAGAAGCAGUACAGAGUCACAUGACAGACAAAAGCCACUGUAAAGUCUUCACAGACGGCGAUGCUGCGCUGGAGUUUGCAGACUUCUACGACUUCAGGAGCAGCUACCCCGACAGAAAGGAGGGAGAGGACUCUGAAAUGAACGACGAAGAGCUGCCCGACGACAAGAACCUGGAGUACGACGACGAAACACUGGAGCUGACUCUGCCAUCAGGUGCCACGAUCGGCCACCGCUCCCUCAUGAGGUACUACAGACAGCGGUUUGGAGCUCAGCGAGCGGUGGCUCUGACCCACAGUAAGAAUGCUGUAGGCAGAGUCCUCCGGCAGUACAGAGCCCUGGGCUGGGGAGGAGAUGGAGGCAACAGCUCCUUCCAUCAGAAACAGAGGGACAUGCAGUACGUACAGAUGAUGAAGUCGAGAUGGAUGCUGAAGAUGGGCAUGAGCCACAACGCCACCAAGCAGAAGCACUUCAGAGUCCAAGUCAUGUUCUAAUCUCGGUUCCGGAGGAAACUGAACGUGGUCACAUCUGUGUUUCCCAGCCACAGAGACUCAGAGUGUGUUGAUUUGAUAACUGCAGCAAAAACCCUGACGAGUACAAAUCUGUGCUAACUUUACUUUUCUUAAGUGAAGAAACAGUUUUCCUAAUUUCCAGCUUUCUUACAUCUCUGUAAUGUUUUAUCAGCGUGUGGAAAACGUGGGUCCACAGUGAGUCUGUUUGACGUCGACUCUGACAUACCAUCAACUUAACUGCAGAAAAAAAGGCCACUUAGGUGGAGAUCAGGGGCUCGAAUCACACUUAGGAAAUUAUUUUGAAACUAUAUGGAUCAUGGACUCUUCAGCUGCACAACACACUUUUUUUUUUUUUUUUAACUAAUGGUGGGAUUACAUCUGUAUGAUUCAGCAUGCCCUGCGUAUAAUACAUCCAACUAAAUAAAUAUAUUUCAUAUUUAUUGGA